CUUUCUAGUUUUGCUGCAGUUUAAACCUCUACCUUCCCCUUCCCUUUUAUGCAUAUAAAAGAAUCAACCGCCCCACUCUUAUCUUGGUACACCCACAUCUUCUCUCUCUCUCUAUACCUCUCUCUGCACAGAGCAGAGAGCAGAAGGAGUCCUCUUUCGUUCUCAGCACUACCCAUUUCUUCUUUCUGCCCCUGCUCAAAGUUGGAGACCCUAAAAGGUUGCAGAGGGAGGUCCCAUCUUCUUUUGCAUUGCUUCCAGAAGACUCAAGGGUCGGCAAGGCACCCGUAACUUUGUGAAGAAGGGGAAGGAGAGGAGACAAAAACAAGGGGGAGAGAGCAGAGAGAGUGUGUUUGUGUUUUGUGUUUGAAGGAUAGAGACCUUAGCUGCAGAGAUGCUUCUUUCUUUUGUUUAUUAGUAUAUCUCAGAUCAAAAGAGAGAUCUGAAUUCUUUCUUACUACCUCCCCUCUCUCUCGUCCUCUGUCUUUAGUGGGGGACUGACAGUCCAGCACACAAAACACACACACACAUUGUCUGCCGGCGUUUAAGCUAAAAGUUCUCCACCUGCUAGAGUGGAAAAGCUGCAGUUCAGCUGAUCUGUUCUUUGGCUUUUCCUUUAACCGCUUCUCUUUCCUUUCUUCUGCAUUGCUCUGUCUCCCCCUCCUCCGAGCCUCCCCUGUUUCGGAGACAGCAAGAGAGAUGGAUAGCUUGUCGACGACGGACGUCCUCCCGGAUUCCUACCAAGGAGGGGAUGUCGCCGGGCAGAUCUCCCUCAUGUGGAAGCAGAUCCGCACGCCCCUCAUCGUGCCCUUGCUGAAGGUCGCCGUCGUCAUCUGCCUCAUCAUGUCCCUCAUGCUCUUCAUGGAGAGGCUCUACAUGGCCAUCGUCAUCGUCAUCGUCAAGCUCUUGGGCAGGAAGCCCGAGAAGCGGUACAAAUGGGAGCCCAUCAGGGACGACGUCGAGCUCGGCAACAGCGCCUACCCCAUGGUGCUGGUUCAGAUACCAAUGUUCAACGAAAGAGAGGUUUACCAGUUGUCCAUCGGGGCUGCAUGUGGGCUUUCAUGGCCGUCAGACAGAAUCAUCAUUCAGGUGUUGGAUGACUCUACUGAUCCCGUCAUUAAGGACAUGGUGGAGCUCGAAUGCCAGAGGUGGGCUAGCAAGGGAAUCAACAUAAAGUAUGAGAUCAGGGAUAACAGAAAUGGGUACAAAGCGGGAGCCCUGAAGGAAGGGAUGAAGCGCAGCUACGUGAGAGAAUGCGACUAUGUGGCCAUAUUCGACGCCGAUUUCCAGCCGGAGCCCGAUUUCCUGUGGAAAACCAUUCCUUUUCUCAUGCACAACCCUGACAUUGGUCUCGUCCAAGCUCGAUGGAAGUUCGUGAAUUCCGACGAGUGCCUCAUGACAAGGAUGCAGGAGAUGUCCCUGGACUACCAUUUCACGGUGGAGCAGGAAGUCGGCUCCUCCACCUAUGCCUUCUUCGGCUUCAAUGGGACGGCGGGUGUGUGGCGGAUCUCUGCCAUCAACGAGGCGGGCGGGUGGAAGGACCGGACCACUGUGGAGGACAUGGACCUAGCCGUCCGGGCCAGCCUCAGGGGAUGGAAGUUCGUAUACGUCGGUGACCUCAAGGUGAAGAACGAGCUACCAAGUACGUUCAAGGCAUAUCGUUACCAGCAGCACCGGUGGUCCUGUGGCCCAGCUAACUUGUUCAGGAAGAUGGCUAUGGAGAUCAUAAAGAACAAGAAAGUAACUGCCUGGAAGAAGUUCUACGUGAUCUACUCCUUCUUCUUCGUCAGGAAGGUCAUUGCCCACAUUGUUACCUUCAUCUUCUACUGCAUAGUCAUCCCCGCUACUGUUUUGGUUCCAGAAGCAGAGAUCCCCAAGUGGGGAGCUGUCUAUAUUCCAUCAGCCAUUACGAUCCUCAAUGCCUUGAGCACUCCAAGGUCCAUUCAUCUUCUGGUCUUCUGGAUACUGUUUGAGAAUGUGAUGUCUCUGCACCGAACCAAAGCGACUUUCAUUGGACUGCUGGAAGCAGGAAGAGUGAACGAGUGGGUCGUCACAGAAAAACUAGGCGAUGUUUUGAAAGCCAAGCAGGUUAAACCCGUAAAGAAGAACCGAUCAAGGUUCGGUGAAAGGCUUCAUCUUCUAGAGCUCGGAUUUGGUGUCUUUCUGUUCUUCUGCGCUUGCUAUGAUCUUGCCAACGGAAAGAAUCAUUACUACAUAUACCUCUACCUGCAAGCUGUUGCCUUCUUUGUCAUGGGCUUCGGUUAUGUUGGCACGUUCGUGCCUACUUCUUGAUGAAAUGGUCAGGAAGGGAAGACUUAUCUUGUAAUUUAAGAAGUGUUUCACUAGAUCAUACUCUUUCCAGAUGUUCAGUGAUAGCUGGUAGAAGAAGGUCCUUGGAAUUCUUUAUACUGUGAGGAUUAUAUAGAAUCAACGUCGUGAACAAGAAGUCCUGGAGAAGAAUGUGAACAACCUGCUAGUAAAGAUUGCAGCAUAGUUCCAUGCGUCCACUAUAAUCGUGUCAAGGCCUGUUUCAAGCAUACAGGUGAAGGAAAGCAGAUCAACAGUAGUUACCUUCUUCUUCCUAUUUCACUUUCGUUCAAUGUGAAGAAAAAUUGAAUUUUGUUUUGCUCUUCUUAUUGUUGUUACUAUUUAUAGUACUGCAUUGCAUUCCUUAGUUGAGAUAAAGACACCCCUGAGCUGGGAUGAUUCUCCAUCGGUGGUGUAAAAAUUGUAAUCGUGGAACUCAAGUUAUCCUGGUUUUUUGUGUGUGUGGAAUAAAAUUCUACAGAAAAAGGACAAAGUUGUAACA